UAAUAAUUUUAUCUUGAGUAAUAAUUUUUAAAGAUUAUAUAAAUUCAACCAUUAAUCAAGUACAGUAAUUUUUAUUAAUAAAAUAUAAUAUCUUAGUGUUAACAAGAACGUUAAAAAUGCAAAAGAAAAGCAAUGUUGAAUUCGUACAAAAUAAAAAUAAAAAAUCAAUAUAAAAACCAAAAUAAAAUGCGACAGGAAGGGGGACGAUGAAAUUUAAUAACUUAAUCUUCAUUGAUAUUUGCACGAUGAUCAUUUUGCCUCAAGAUCGUGAAGAACGUUGUUGAAAAUAAGAAGCUAUAAAUGAUUGGUAUAGUAAUAUAUUUCGAUAAUAUUACUUGAUUAUAUUUACUUGAAUAAAUCGAUUAUUCGAUAAUCGAAAUACAAUUGUGUCCGUUCCAAGCCAACUUUAUAUCAUUCGUUAUUUUUUAAAAGAUAAGUGAAAAAAUGUUUUAAGAUCUUUGACGUGUAUUAUCGAGUAUAUAUAUAUUUUUUUUUCUUUUCGCAUAAAAUACACAAAAUUUGAAAUGUGAUGACGAUAUACAUACACACACGCUAUUAACAAGGAAAAUAAAUGCCCGGAGUUUGCGCACGUUGUCGUCGCGAAGUUUAUUUCGCGGAGGAAAGAUUGGCUCUCGGAAAAGUUUGGCAUACAUUCUGUUUCUCUUGCCUCAACUGUCGAAAAUUGUUGGACAGUUGUACAGUGUCGACGCAUCGUGGCGAAUUAUUUUGUCGAAAUUGUUACUCCCGACUUUUUCCGAGCAUUUUACGUUCCACGAAAGAGAAUAAUUCAUCCAAAGAUAUUAAAACGUUUCCCCGUUCAACUAUUCUGAACACGCCGAUCUCCGUCAAGGAUUCCACUUGUUGUCAUUGCUGUUGUUAUUGCGCCACUGAAGAUACUCCGAUCGGUGAAGCAUCGUCGAUAAACAGCAAAGAUUAUCAUUCGAAGAAACAUAGACUACGUGGAGGUGGAGAAGAAGAGGAAAAGUCGCAAUCUAGACUUGGAAAUAUAAUAGUUCACUUAAUUGUGAAAAUGAAGAUCGUAAGUGCAGGUAUUUCCAGUACGGAAGGAAAUCAUAAAAAUCCAAUCAACGUGUCGCCAACACCACGUCCUUGCCCACGAUCAUCGGCUCGUCGUGUGUCUUUCUGCGAAGAGAAAAACACUGUUGAUCAUUGUUGUGAUAUGCAGAAUGAUCAAAAAGUAUUCUUGGACGAUAGAAAUCUCGAUGAUUGUUCGAAGGCAGAUAUUCUAACCAUACGUUCCUCCGAGGAUCUAAGAAAACCCGAUCAGGAUUUAAACGAUGAAGAUUUAAAUUAUUCCGAUAUCGUUGACACAACGCAAAUACCAUGUCAUGAUAUUGAUAAAGAUAACGAGAAUAUUUUCGACAAGGAUAUGCCAAAUUGUAUUCAUAGAAAUCUUCAAGAUUUCUCAAACGAUAUUCAAGAUAAAAAUGACAACGACGACGAUCGUAUGAGAGGAGGUCACGGAGGAAGUAAUUGUCGUAAAUCAAGAAAAUCGGAAGGUUGUUGCGCUAAUAUAUCGAUUAGCGAGGGAUACGAAUGUUGUUCUUCCCAGAAUCCGAAUAACAGAGGUUGCUGUUGCCGUAAACGAUGUAUAGAAUUCGAAUCGUGUUCUUCUCCUAGGGAACACGAUCCUUGCGACGAUUAUAAAAAUGUACCUUGCAAGUACGUCAGCUGUUCUCCACCUUGUGCCGAUAAAAGAGGUUGUUGUCCUCCCGCGGGAUAUAGACCAAUUUGUAGGAAACCUAGGAGAAAUUGUUGUUCACCUUGUAAAGGAGAAUCGCCAGGUUGUGGUGGUGGGGGAUGUUGUGGUGGUGGUUGUCGAGGUGGAUGCGGUAAGCCUGGUCAAACUUGUGUCCCGGCUCGACAAUGUUUUGUUCCACCUUGUCGACUAUUACCUCCGUGCGUCGAAACACCCUGCGCAUCACCGCGACCUUCACCCUGUUGUCGACCACCUAGUCGAGGAAGAUGUUGUUGCACGGGAGGCGGUGGCUCGAGCUACUGCCGAUCAAGAAGUCCACCAUGCCGUACCGUUACCAAUGGGGAUUGUUGUUGCGACAAUGUUACAUGCUGCGAUAUCGACGGAAUUGAUUCAUGUUGCAAGGUCAAGUUACCUCCAGGAUGCGAAUGCCUAGGUGGUGGUCUGGACUGUCAACGUUGCGGACGAAAGGUGUACCAAGCUGAAAUGCAGAUCGCUUCCGGUGUGCCGUAUCAUAACAUUUGCUUCAGUUGCUUCUGCUGUCGUAAACCUCUCGAACCUUUGACGUAUCAAGAGAGUUGUGGGGAAAUUUAUUGUAAACAAUGCUACAUCAGAAAUUUCGGACCGCAAGGAUACGGUUACGGUAUGGGAGCUGGCGCGCUGCAGACCCCAAUGUGAAGCAAUAAUAUCGGAGAGGAUAUGCAAAAACACGAUGUUAUUCUACUUCGAUUUACAAAUAUCCACAAAUAUUUGUAUGGAUACUUCUAUUUAUUUUCGUAACGAACGUUGUGGCGGAUAUUGUUUUAUCGUAUCGUACGAUCAUUUUUUAAUCCAUCUUACAUGGAAGAGCGUACAACUUGUACAAUCUUGCUUUA